GAACUCCGGGCGGAAAUGGAAGAAAUGCGUGACAGCUACCUUGAAGAAGAUGUUUACCAACUGCAGGAGCUUCGGCGAGAGCUAGACCGUGCAAACAAGAAUUGCCGUAUUUUGCAAUAUCGUCUCAGGAAAGCAGAACAGAAAAGCCUGAAAGUUGCACAGACGGGCCAAGUGGAUGGGGAACUCAUUAGAAGCUUAGAACAAGAUCUAAAGGUAGCCAAAGAUGUAUCUGUCAGACUUCACAAUGAACUGGAGAAUGUGGAAGAGAAACGUGUUAAAGCAGAGGAUGAAAAUGAAGCCCUCCGUCAACAAAUAAUCGAGGUGGAAAUAUCCAAGCAGGCUUUGCAAAAUGAGCUAGAUAGAUUGAAAGAGAGCUCCCUGAAGAGAAGAGGCAGCAGGGAUAUUCAUAAAGAAAAGAAGGCAUUUGCUCAGGAAGAUAGUGCUGACUUGAAGUGCCAGCUUCAGUUUGCCAAAGAGGAAGCAGCACUGAUGCGUAAGAAGAUGGCCAAGCUAGGCAGAGAGAAAGAUGAACUUGAACAAGAACUCCAGAAGUACAAAUCCAUCUAUGGAGAUGUGGAAAGCCCUCUUCCCAUUGGAGAGGCUGGAGGGCCACCCAGCACCAGAGAAGCUGAACUGAAGCUUCGCUUGAAGCUAGUAGAAGAGGAAGCUAACAUACUGGGCAGGAAGUUAGUAGAACUAGAGGUGGAAAACAGAGGUAUUAAGGCUGAAAUGGAAGAUAUGAGGUGCCAGUAUGAAAGGGUCUGUAUUAGCCAGGACCAUGUUUCAAGCAUUCCUACCUCACCUUAUGGUGACUCUGUAGAGUCAGCUGCAGAGCUGCGUCGCCAUUUGCAAUUUGUAGAAGAAGAAGCAGAGCUGUUGAGGAGAUCAAUCUCUGAAAUUGAAGAUCAUAAUAAACAAUUAACAAAUGAGUUAAAUAAAUUCAAAUUUGAGCCUGGGCAAGACUCUGGCUGGCUUGAUGAAAGCACUUCCAAGUGUGGUGGAUCCUUACAAGAAGAGCUGAAAACAGCCCGGAUGCAAAUCAAUGAACUGAGUGGGAAAGUGAUGAAACUCCAGUAUGAGAAUCGUGUAUUAAUGUCCAACGUGCAGCGCUAUGAUCUUGCCUCUCACCUAGGACUGCGGACUUCAAGCCCCAGGGACAGUGACGCUGAGAGCGAUGCAGGGAAGAAAGAAUGUGACAAUGAAGAAGGACGUCUACCUCAACCAAAGAGAGAGGGACCUAUUGGGGGCGAGAGCGAUUCUGAAGAUGCAUAUGAAAAGACAUCAGGUUUUGGGAGUGGAAAGCCAUCAGAAGUUAGUGAUCUCUGUUCCACUGAACUAACAAAGGCCAAAGAGGAUGCGGAGUCUUUGAUCAACAUUAGACAUGAGGCUGAAAGGCUUGAAAGAGCUAUGGACCGUCUAAUCACUGAUACAGAUAGUUUAAUAUAUGAAGCAAAAGUGAAUAUAACCAGCAAUGUUUCCUCUGAGCAAAGUUUUGAAAAGGAUGAAGAAAAAAUAGAGUGCAAGAAUGAACCAGGACUUUUGGACAGUGUUAAUUCAAGGAUGAAAAAUUUCCAGAAGGAACUACAAACCUUCUUAGAGAAGGUUGACAACAUUGGAGAAGGCCUCAAAGAACAAAUGGAAGAUCUUUCCCCGCUCCCUCAUCUUACAGAAUCUUCCAGUUUUCUGUCCACAAUGACUUCCUUAUCCAGGGAUUCACCCAUUGGUAACCAGGGAAAGGAGCUAAUCACAGACUUCCAGUCCAAACUGAGGGAUCAGACGGAGUGGCAGCACAGCCAGGACCACGGAGACGAGCGAGAGAUUCAUCACCAACGAGGCACCAGCGAGCCACACUGCAGAGCUGAUGGAGACUUUAAACUCUACAGGCCAGGAAGCAAGGGUUGUCUCAGUCUAGAGCUCAGGGACUGCCAUGUUUUACCUGUACCUGUAUCGAUACAGGAGCUUCAGGCUCAACUUGAGCAGGAGGUGAAACUUCGCCAAGAGGAGCAAGAAACGUUUACAGAAAGGAUCAUUCAGCUGGAAGAGGACCAUCUGCAGAGUCUACGGAGAAAAGAUUUGGAAGUGCAAAGCUUGACUUUGCAGAACAAAUUGGAGGAGAAGACUUGGAGUCAGGAGAAAAACCUGAUGCAUCAAGAACUCAGGCAUUUCAAGCAGAACACUUUUCUCCUGUACGUCAAACUGAAAUGGUUGUUGAAACACUGGCGACAAGGCAAGCAUGUGGAGGAUCAAGGAGAGGAUGUACUCGAGCUGGAACACCUUGACCCCAUGCCAGAAUUCAGCUUUCCCUCUGAACAAAAGGGUGAUGAAGAGGAGGAGGAGGAAGAUGCAGUAUUUGCAAUGACAGAUUACUCCCAACAUUCCACAGUAGAAAUAAGUGAUCGUGGACCACCACUGCAAACUGCAGAACUGUUGCAGCAUCAAAAGCAGGCAAGAGAAAAUCGCCAACUUUUACAUGCCCUGAAAACCCUGUUGGAUGACUUCCAGUCUGAGCUCCGGGAUGACGAGCAAGAACGUCAAGGACUCCAGCAGCAAUACGCUACUGACAAAGCCGCCUGGGAAGUAGAAUGGACUAAGCUGAAGUGUCAACUGGAACAGCUGGAAGAGAAAAAUGGAAAAGCACAGGAUGAGCUUGCUCCUGAUGCAAAGGCAGCUUUUAAAAGGGAGAGAGAGGAGCACAAGAAACUCCUGGCCGACAAUCACCGAUUAGUGAUGGAUUUGCAGUGGCAAAUCCAACAUAGUGAAAAAAACUGGAAGAGAGAGAAAGUGGAGCUUCUGGAGCGACUUGACAAAGACCGACGAGAGUGGGAGUGGCAAAAGAAGGAAAUGCUGAGGAGGCUAGAACAGCUUCAGAAAGUAAAUCCACAGAGAGGAGACAACCUUCUUUGUGACUCAAAAGAAAUUAGCCUUCAUUCAUUUUCAAAUCAAGGGAACCAUCAUGUGUCUCAUCCAAUGGGGUCAAGAUCCUACUCCGAUUCAGAUACCAUGCAAUUUGAAGAUCGGUCACUCUCCAAACUGAAGGAAAGUGACAGAUGCACUGCCACAGAGAACCUUUUUCUAGAUACAUUGUCCCUUAACUCUCCAGAUGAUUCUGAUGAAAUACAGCCUCAGAAAUUGGAACGAGAAAGGUUUUUAUCUUGUGCAAACGAGGACGAAGAAAUGCACAAGGGAAAUCUUCAAAGGGCAAUGUCAGUUUCCUCUAUGUCAGAGUUCAAGCGCUUGAUGGAUAUUUCACCUUUUCUUCCUGAAAAGACUCUACCUUCCUCCAGUAGCAAGGAGGAUAUAACACCUCCAUUGUCACCUGAUGAUCUGAAAUAUAUUGAAGAAUUCAACAAAAAUUGGGAUUAUAGCACUAAUCGAAACCAUGGUGGAGCCAUUGAAAGGUCUGCCGAUACAUGGGCAGAGAGGACAGAGAUUGGGAAGGUGGGGAAUAAUUCUGUUCCAGAUCCAUUCCAGCCAUCUUCAUGGUACCUCACCACCAGUGUGACUAUGACAACCAACAGCAUAACUAGCCCUGACCACUGCCAGAAACAGCCACUGAGGAGUCAUCUUACAGAAAAAAUGGGGGUUCGGGCCUUUCAUAGUCCGCCAGUUGUCCGCAGGUUUGAUAACUCCAUGGUAACAGGCAAUGAAGGGAAAAGUCAGUCGGAGCCAGACUUUUUGUUUCCUGUGACCAAAUCUAAGGGAAAUGUGGGUGAGACAAGAGGUGCUUCUUCAGAAGUGUUUGGACGAUGGUCUUGUGACCUCUCCAGACAUCACAGUGAUUUCCUGGAAACUAGUCUUCAUCCCAUUGAGCAUCCGAUUUGCACUACUGUGGGGUUUGCUUCAUCCUUGCACAGCCUGGAGAUGUCCAAAAACAUGAGUGAUGACAUGAAGGAGGUAGCUUAUUCCGUCAGAAAUGCAAUACGUCCAAACUCAACAGAACUGCAGUUCAAAGACACAGCUUGUCAGACUAAUGGAGUGAGAACUAUGGGGACACAGACCACUCAAACUAUCAGUGUGGGCCUGCAAACAGAAACUUUGCGUAGUAUCACCAGCAGUCCACACAAGUGUCUGACACCAAAGGGAGUUUCUACACCUGUGGCAUCACCAUCAAGAAGCUUGAGAAGUAGGCAGAUGUCUCCUGCUAUUGAAAAGGUCCAAGCCAAAUUUGAACGCACAUGUUGCUCUCCCAAGUAUGGCUCCCCAAAAUUACAGAAGAAAGUCUUUUCCAAAACUGAUCAGCCAAAUAGCCGGACAUUACCAAGCACACCUCAAAAAGGGUUCAGUGAAUCUGCCUGGGCCAGAUCCACCACUACGAGGGAGAGUCCAGUUCAUACCACUAUCAACGAUGGCCUCUCCAGUUUAUUUAACAUCAUCGACCAUACCCCUGUGGUGCAUGACUCCCUCCAAAAAUGCUCCAGGUCCAGCAGCCGAUCCAGGUCGGCAGAACCCAGGUCAGAACUGGGGCCUAUGCAAGACAUGUGCACAAAUAUCCGUGGUAGGUCACCUAGUCCUCUUCGUUUUGGCGUGGAGCUACAAAAGGAUGAAGAAGCUGAGAUAACUAGUAUUAGGCAGGACUUAUCUGCUCCUCCAGGAUACACCCUUACAGAAAAUGCUGCCAGAAUCCUGAACAAGAAACUUAUGGAGCAUGCCUUAAAGGAGGAAAAAAGGCUUGCUUCACACAGCCCUCCCACUCUUAGCAACGAGAACAGCACAGGAGAAAUUAGCAAAGCUGAACCAGGGUCUAUUGAGAACCAAACUGUCUUACUAACUGCCCCCUGGGGACUCUAA